AUGGACGCCCGCGGUGCCACGCAAGAUACCGGACAACAUCGUGUCCUCGAGUUACACGACGACAAGAGGCUGAUUAAGAAAAAAGUACCGACAUGCGUGACCGUCAAAUAUGCAACAAGAGCGGAACGAUUGAAAGAAAAAAAGAGAGAAGACUUAAAAAAGAAGUCUAACGAGAAUCUUAAAACCAAAGAAAUGACUUUUGCGAAGCAAAGCGAUAUAAAAUUUAAAAAACGCGAAGAAAUAAAGUUAGAAGAACGCGAAGAGACGAAAUCGGAGAAUCAGGAGAAAACAAGAGCCGAGGAUCGUGAAGAAACGAAAUCACAGAAGCAGGAGGAAACAAAAUUAGAAAAUCGUGAAGAAACAAAGUCAGAAAAAGUCGAAGAAGCGAACUCAGCAGAAUGCGAAGAAACAAAAUCGGAACAAAUCGAAGAAGCGAAGUCAGAGGAAUGCGAAGAAACAAAUACUAGCAGAGAGAAGCCUGUGAGAAAGGCCAUUCCGGCCUUUUUCGUGAGACUGUCGAAAACUUCUAUGUACACUACCGCCAGUGCAUCCAUUUUUGAAUAUGGUACUACCAGAGACGGCCACCGGGAUCAUUCCGUUCCAGCGGACGUAUAUACUGACGCGCCGUCUGAGAAAGUGGACGUCAACUACGUCGUUACGCUCG